UUAACAAUAAAACCGUAAUCCAUAUAAAGUAAUGAAAUUUAAACAUAGAAUAUGAUUUGAAAUUCUAUGUAUGUAUUUUCAGGUACAGUACGCGUAUCUUCAUUAUGCUAUUCUUCACUCGCUCAUAUUUGACUGCAAGCCAGUGACAAAUGAAAAGUUCAAAUUGUACAUGGACACAACAUCAAAGGAUAAAAUCAGAAACAUUUUUCACGUUAUUUGCGUUUGCUUGAAUUCUGUUGAAGUUGAAAACCAUAUUAAAACCAUGUGUUGAUGAAACAUAUAUAGUUAUAUUUCUAAAAUAAUUCUUCUGAUGCAUUUUAUGCAGCAAUUGCAGGAGACAGCGUCGUGCGGAUCAUCGGAUGAAACCGAAGCAGUUGCAAGAAACGCCGAACGUACUGACAAAAACAGAGAGGGAGCUGAUGUACAAUUGGAUGAGCAUCGACUGAAGCUUUGCCUAAACCGGAAACCAGUAUCUACAGUCACUGCAGUUUAUGUUAACGACAUCGCAGUGUAUUUACUGGCGGAUAAUCAGGUGUUAAAGAACGGAAUCUUUAGCGUCCGUUGUUCGAAGCCAGAGGCAAGUGAGUACCGAAAUAAACGGAGGUUGACCGUUGAGCAUCGGGCAAAUCAGGCAAACGAGACAUUGUCAUUAACGUACCUGAAGUUUACAGAAUGGAACACGGGAGAGCAAAAACCAAGUUCUCCUUCAGAUUUCCGCCGAUUAAUUUCUUAAGUUGACGCACUUACAGCAAAAACUAACUCUGAUCGACCAGUUCUGAUACAU